CACACACACACACACACACACACACACACACACACACACAGACCCUAGAGCACAGAAGAGAAUCAGGGUGUAACAGUACGAUGCCAGCUCCAUGUAUGAGCCUGGCAGGGCAGCAGAGAACCUGGAGGCAGGCUGGCAAGGCGACGUUCCCUAAGCUCUCCGUCCUUCCAGAAGAAGAAAAGAUGAAAGAACUCAACCUCGAUCUGAAGUCCAAAGUUGAACAGAAGAGAAGGUCCUGUUCUCCCUCAGCACACGUCAGUAAUAUCAGAAGAACCGGACAUGCUGCUGCAGAGUCUCAGACGCUGAAGGUAGACGAGAGACUGCAACUGGCCCGAGAACGAAGAGAGGAACAUCUCAAACAGCUCGCAUCAAGGGAGCGUGGCUGGUUGGCCCGAGAGGAAAGAGCUCGGAGGUUCUACGAGAAGCACCUGGAGGAACGUCGUAAGAGACUGGAGGAGCAGAGGCAGAGGGAGGAGAGGAGGAGGAAUGCUGUGGAGGAAAAACGCAGACAGAGGCUCAAAGAAGAUCGAGAACGGUACGAGUCUGUGGUGCAGAAGACCAUGGAGAGGAGCCAGAAAGCCAAACAGAGAAGUACACAGAGGAGAGUGUGCAAGACUAAGAACAACACACAGGCUAAACGCCGCUCGCUUAGUCAAUGGGAGAUAAACCUGAUUAAUCGCCUUCAGACUCCUACCAUCUCUUAUCUAGCCAGGAGCAGGAGUGCGGUGUGUCUGUCCAGAGGAGAAGUUGUUCAUAUUUGUCGACGUGCAGUUUCAUGCCACACUAUGACCAAUAGCGGUCCUCAGAAACCCAGUGGAACAUCGACACGCAGUAAGACAAUUAGGCCCGGGGGGUUCGGUGGCAGCCGACAAACCUCCGAAAAUAAACCUGGUUCAAAUCUUGAGAGGCAAGAAAAGAAAAAACCCCACACUCACACAACGAGUGUUAGAGGCAGCUUCAUACCAGCCACAGAAGAAAAAAACAUGUCCUCAUCAACAGGAUCGAGACUGAAUCUACGAGUGUCUCCCAGUCAGGAGUGUUUGCCUUCCCUGCCUGAGGAGGAAGAUCAGCGUGAUCAGUCAGCUGCUGUGAGCUUGAACGUAGAUGCUGUGUUUAAUACACCGAGCCAGGAGAACCCAGGUUCUAACAGACCUCUGCCUGCUCCUGCAUGUUCUCCUCGUGUUCCUAAUGCCCCGAGCAGACCCUCAGCAGGAACCACAGACCCUGAAGAAGCUUCACGUCUGCUGAUGGAGAAGAGACGACAAGCUCGACUGCAGCGAGAGAGAGAGGAAGAAGAGCGUAGGCAGAGGGAGGAAACAGAGCGGCGAGACAGAGAAGAAUUGGCCCGUCGGAGAGCUGAGGAGCGAGCAAGGCAUGAAGCGGAGGCCCAAUGUGAGGAGAAAAGGAUGAGGGAGGAGGAGGAACGAAGGAAAGCCGAGGAGGAGAAGGCUCAGAGGCAGAGAGAGGAGGAAAAACGACUUCAGCAGCAGAAAGAAGAAGAGGAGGAGAGACAGAGAAUCGAGAGAGAGACACGAUUCCAGAAAGAGGAAACCGAGAGACAGGAAAGGAAGAAGCGGUUAGAAGAAAUUAUGAAAAGAACAAGGAAGACAGAUGCUGAUAAGAAGCCUGCGUUGUCGUCCACGCUGCUCAAUGAGAACGUGAAGCCCCUCCACAACCUCCCCUUAAAAGAAGUGACCAAGCUUCCCGUCUUAGGCAACGAGGAGGACAUUCUCCCCACAGUGGCCUUCAAGGAGCGCAGGUCCAUCCGCACCCUCACUGGUCUGGAGGAGAUCCAGGCCCAUCAAAGAGCAGAAGUCAUCUAAAGAAGAUCGCCAAGGAACCUGCGACACGUCAUGUACUUUAUGUACGACAGCAAGCGGAAUUGCUUCACCGCCACUUAAAGAGCCUUCGACAUCUUCCUCAAUUUUGCAGUAGAACAGAAGUAUUUGACCUUUUGCUGCUCUUUUGUAAUUAAUUUUUGCUAACUCGCUACUUAACUACGCAAAAGAAAUCUUCACAAACCUGACACAAGCGCAUUAAACCUGACCUUCAUGACACUUCUUCUUUUAUCACAUGUUAAUGUUCGGCUAAGUCGCUAUAAACAUUAGUUCUCUCACCAGUUUAUUUUUGGACAAGGAAUAAAAAGAAAACGCAACUUUUUGUGGUACAGAAAAGUAAAAACUGGCUGUUACAAAGCACUAAAAUAUCAAUCAUUAUAAGUUUCUUACAAAACAUCAUAUUUUUUACGUCAUUCAUAUUUUAAUAUCUGUUUUACAUUAUCUGCUGUACAAGUCUCUGUGAAUAAAUAUAUACAGUAAUGAAUUAGAAACUGCUAGCCAAUCAGAAAUGAGUAAUUGCUGAGGUGAUGCUGUACAGUAUGUCAUAUGUCAUAAAACCUACACGCACACUAAUAACACUAGCUAGCAAACAUAAAAAAAAUGUUAUAGUAAUAAACCUACUGCUCACAGACUGUAAUUUCUAUAAUGACUGGUUUAUAAUGUGGUUAUGUCAGCUUUAUGAUGCAUGCUGGACAAAAAGAGUUUCCCAACGAACUGUACCUCGAAAGUAAAGCAUUGUAACUGCUCUGUUACCUGUUUCAUAUACCAGAGUUUAACUUUAGCUUCCGUCCCUGUGAAGCUGUUGUGAUUAUUAUUAAGGAACUGAAGAGCUUCAGCAUCGGCUGUGCUUUGCCGUGUAUCAGUCGUAUUUUCUGCUGCUGGGACGCGAGCAAUGAGCUCAGCUGCUUCCUCAAUAUUUUCACAUUGAGCAUCGCUGCUAUUCUGCUGUUCAUAUAAGAGUAAAAAUACCAUAAAGCACUGAAGCACAUCGAUCACACACAGAUCACAGAACGUUCUCUCUCUCUCUCUGUCUAUUAUGUGAUGUAUUUUGGGAAAGUGGACUCCAUUUAUUUCUCCUAUCAGUUUUUGUAGUCUGGUAGAAAACAAGAUCUUCUCAUCAUCAAUACAGAUCUGAGCUUGUGCAAUGACAAAUUAUAUAUAAAUAAAAAUAAGUGUUUUAUUAAUGUAAAUAAACUCGCUUUGAAACGAA